GCCUUGUUUGUUAUAGGCGUCCUCACUGAUAAGGAGGAGAAGACUGUCGUUCCUCCUUUUGUGAUAAGAAUGGUUGAUAACCUUCCAUUCUUCUACGACUACCCUUGGGGAAAGAUUUCUUACACCACGCUGAUGGAAACUUGUAACAAGGAUUACUUGGAUGUGAAGAAUAAGAUGUUGAAAAAGAUUGAGAAGGGAGUCACUCAGAAGGAGGCAAAAUACUCAGCCUACGACUAUACUGCAACGUUGCAGUAUUGGGCAUACGAGGCCAUAUUACAGCUGGGCAACGAGUAUGCAGUGAGGAGGUCGCAUUGCUUUCCCAGAAUGGUCAACUGGGAGAGUAAGCCGAACACUACACUCGGGAAGGAUGAAGUGACUAGAUUAUUUGCUAAAAAUGUAAGUUUGUUACGCUUUAUGUUGAAUUCAUGUUAAUUUCCAUAUAUUAUAUUAAUAUAUUUGUUAUAUUUUUCAAUUGACAGUGUACUCCAUGUUAUGUCCUCGGCCGAACGAGAUUGAGUUUGUGAGUUACAUAACUGGGGGUCAGCCUCCGUUAUUUGUUGACUUGGAGGAACUUGUGUUGGGUGAGGAUGGGCAACCAACAUAGGAUGCUUUGUGAAGCCAGGUCGAAAAGCUUGCCUCCACAUUGGAAGAACGAGCGGAGGCAGCCCGAAUAUUUAAAGACUCUACACCACCUCACCGUCUCCACCACGUGCACCGCCUGCAGUUCCAGAUGGGUCUGGUGUUGACCCAUCUCCAGCUUCAAUUCCUGAUGGGUGUGGUGUUGACCCAUCUGCAGCUUCAGUUUCAGAUCAGUGUGGUGUUGACCCACUUGCAGCAUCACAGGAUCCUCCUGUUCCCCCGUCAGCUUCUAUUCCCAGCACCUCAGAGGCUCGCGAUCCAGUAUACCCUGCCAUUUUGGCAAGGUUGGAGACUGUGGAGAGGGGGCAGAUUACUUUGAGGGAAGGGCAGGCCGCUCUGCUAAGAGGACAAACAACGAUUAUGGAUCAGUUGAAGACCAUAAUGACGCUCCUGCAAGAUCCUGGAAGGCCGGCAGCAGAUUCACAUCCACAGCCACAACCAGAAGAGGGGGCUCGGACACCGGAAGAUGACUUCAUUCUCCCAAAUGAUUACCAACCGGAUGAUGAUGACAUGUUCUGUACACCUGAGAAGACGAAUAUCACCAGCAUCGGGGAUACUCAGGAUUCUGAGGUGCAGGUGUUAGAGACAGCUCCAGAAGUCAUGGAAAACCGGAGGAAGAGAAGGCGGCCUAGGUAGUUCGCUGAGUACACUGAAAUGAAGAAGAAGGCUAGGGCUACUUCGACACUCGUGAAUGCGGACCCACUUAGAGUGGUUGAUCGGAAGCUGCUCAAGACUUUUCACAAUUGGGUACUCGGCCAGAUUGGGAACAAGUACCCGAGAGAGUGCUUCACCGAUCGAUAUGAUUCGUCUUGGUUCCUCGAACUACAUACUCCGAAGUUUUGGCUUGGGAACGAUCAUUUGGAUGCGGCAUUCCAUUUGAUGAGGAGGCGACAACACUUUUAUCCAGAGGUCUACCCAAAUAGAUGUGUCAUCAUGCCGUGUAUUUUCCCAGCAGGAGUUAUUGCUCGGUGGGAAGCUGCGGGUGAUGACCAAGCUAACUAUCAGUGGGACGAGGGCAUAUUAGAUUUGAUUCGAGGGGAUGAAAGUCAAUUCUUGGCCAGUUGGAAGAAUAAGGAGAGAAUAUAUAUGGCCCUCUACUUCGAUAGAGCAAAGCAUUGGGUGGCGCUAGAGGUAGAUCUGGAUCAUUGGUUGUUGAACAUAUUUGACUCGAGCCUCGGAUCGAUUUCCCCGAACGAAUUGAAGAGUCACUUGGCAAUGUGGGAAAAAUUACUACCAAUUUUGCUGCUGCAGGCUGGCCUAUUCAAGACUCAUGACAUGAUCCUCGUGCCUCAACUUACCGCCUCACAGAGCCAGGUCAGAAAUUUCACUUCAAAAGUCAUGGAUCGGGGCGUUGUUCGACAGACAAAGACAAGGUAACUUAAUUACAAUUGAUUUUUUUGUUAUUUAACUUGAAUUUAAUUUACAUACUUUUAUUUAUUUACUUUUUAUUGUAU